AUGAGUACCUCUGCUCUGAGCCCCACCAGAUUUGUGGGCAGUGUCUCUGGCUUGCUCCAAGUGGCCGCCGUGCUUGGCCUCCUUCUACUGCUGUUCAAAGCUGCCCAGUUCUACCUGCACAGGCAAUGGCUACUCAAGGCUUUCCAGCAGUUCCCGUCCCCACCUGCUCACUGGUUCUUUGGGCACAAGCAGUUCCACGGCAACAAUGAACUACCAAACAUUUUGGCAUGUAUAGAGACCUUCCCAGGUGGCUUUCCUCGCUGGUUCUGGGGGAGCAAAGCUUACUUUACUAUCUACGACCCCGACUAUAUGAAGGUGAUUCUGGGGCGAUCAGAUCCAAAGGAUAAUGAUGCCUACAGAUUGCUGGCUCCUUGGAUUGGGUAUGGUUUGCUCUUGCUGAAUGGACAACCAUGGUUUCAGCACCGGCGGAUGCUAACCCCAGCCUUCCACUAUGACAUUCUGAAACCCUAUGUGAAAAACAUGGCCGACUCCAUCCGAUUGAUGCUAGACAAAUGGGAACAGCUGGCUGGUCAGGACUCAAUAGAGAUCUUUCAACAUGUCUCCUUGAUGACCCUAGACACUGUCAUGAAGUGUGCCUUCAGCCACAAGGGCAGUGUCCAGGUGGACAGCAAUUACAAGGGCUACAUCAAGGCCAUUGGGGACCUGAAUAACCUAUUUUAUUGCCGUGUGAGGAAUGUCUUCCAUCAGAAUGACACCAUCUAUAGUCUGUCUUCCAAUGGCCGCUUGGCCAACAGUGCUUCUCAACUGGCCCAUGAUCACACAGACAGAGUGAUCAAGCUGAGAAAGGAGCAGCUGAAGGAUGAGGGAGAGCUGGAGAAGGUCAAGAAGAAGAGACGUUUGGAUUUUCUGGACAUCCUCUUAUUUGCCAGAAUGGAGAAUGGGGACAGCUUAUCUGAUGAGGACCUGCGUGCCAAGGUGGACACAUUCAUGUUUGAGGGCCAUGAUACCACAGCCAGUGGAGUCUCCUGGAUCUUCUAUGCUCUGGCCACCCACCCUGAGCAUCAACAAAGAUGCAGAGAGGAACUUCAGAACCUCCUGGGGAAUGGAUCUUCCAUCACCUGGGACCACUUGGAUGAGAUGCCCUAUACCACCAUGUGCAUCAAGGAGGCCCUAAGACUCUACCCACCUGUUCCAGGCAUUGUCAGAGAGCUCAACACACCUGUCACCUUUCCUGAUGGACGCUCUCUACCCAAAGGUAUCUCAGUCACCCUCUCCAUUUACGCACUCCACCACAACCGGAAGGUGUGGCCAAACCCAGAGGUGUUCAACCCCUCCAGGUUUGCACCAGAUUCUCCCCGGCACAGUCACUCAUUCCUGCCGUUCUCGGGAGGAGCAAGGAACUGCAUUGGGAAACAAUUUGCUAUGAAUGAGCUGAAGGUGGUUGUGGCCCUGACCCUGCUCCGCUUUGAGCUACUGCCAGAUCCCAUCAAGGUCCCCAAGCUCUUACCACAACUUGUGUUGAAAGCCAAGGACGGGAUCUACCUGCAUCUCAAGAAGCUCUAGUAACUCUGUUCUGGAGCUCAGACACUGGCAAAAAA